UGUCAACAACGUGAUAUCACAUCACAAUCUAUCUCUUCCAACAAAAUUUCUUGAAAAUUUCAAAAAAAUUCAGAAAUUCAGAAUGUUUGUUAUGCCUUUUUUUUGUUAGAAAUUGAGAAUAAAAUGGAGAGUGGUCCAUUAGGAUACGUGUGAAUCAUUAGUUGCUUACGUUAGGUUAAUAGAUUAGUAACCGUCUGUUCAAAACUGUGAAUAAAGUGGUAAGCUAUAUUAGUGCCUAGUAGUGACUAGUGAGUACCUUGUUCCGAAUCAGUUCUAUCCCUAAUUUUGGCGAAGUUAUUGCUCUCAAAAUGGAUUGGAUGUACAAUAAAAACCCUGACAAAGUUGACCCAGAUGAAUAUUUACUUGGACGAGCCAUUGAUAAAAAUUACUUGAAACAGCCUUCUCCCGAAAAUUAUAUGCGUUCGAUACGAAGUGAUAGCUCCGCAUCUUACAGUCAAACAGAUAGUAGCCGAAAAACAUUGGAGGAUCCGUUAACCGCGUUAAAACAAAAGGAAAUAGAAAAAAAGAAAUUACUAUUUCAAAAGACCCAAUUAAAAUUUCCCGAUGGUGUUCCUAUUAAUAUUAUUAAUGAAAAUCAGACAGAACAACCGAAAACGUUAGAACAAUUGAUUGUCGAAAGUUUGCAAAAAUUGAAGUGUGAUAUCGACGUAGAGAAAUUCUACAAAAUGGUGAAGGAUAAAAAGAAAAACAAAAAGAAAAAGCGCGACAGUAGCAGUGAUAGUGAUGCUAAAUCUUCUCGCUCAAAAAAGAAAAAGAAACGAAACAGUUCCGUCUCCAGUAAUUCUCAUUCUGAUGAUUCCGAUGAUGGUAAAAAACGAAGCAGUUCCAAAGUAACGAAACCUAAUUCUAAAAGAGAUGUUAGGAGAAAUUCGUCCAGUAACGACUCAAAUUCCGAUACAUCAGUUGAUCGCAGAAAACGUAAAGAUAACAAUAAACAAUCAGAUACGAGAAGAAGAAAACAAAGUCAUCCGCGUCAGUUGAAUCCAGAUAGAAAACGUGACGUUUAUGAAAACAGAAAUGUAGACAGAAAAUGUGACGUUUAUGAAAACAGGAAUGUAGAUAGAAAACGUGACGUUUAUGAAAAUAAAUAUGCAGAUAGAAAACGAAAUGAUUACGAAAGCAAAGAUACUGACAGAAAACGGGAUACCUACGAAAACAGAGAGUCUUCAAAAAAGGAAAAGCGCAGGAGCAGAUCUCGUAGUAACAUAGACCUAGACAAACGUGAUACCCAUGAAAAUAGAGAUUCUUCGAAAAAGAAAAAGCACAGGAGCAGAUCUCGUAGUAAUAUUGACUCCGGAAAACGCGAUACCCAUAAAAACAUGGAUUCUUCAAAAAAGAAAAAGCAUAGGAGUAGAUCUCCUAGUAGUACUGACUCAAACAACUCAGAUGAUUCUAAAAAACGAUAUACCAGCGAUACGAAAUCAAAAUAUUCCAAUUCUGCCAAAGGAAACUCGAAUCGAACUAGAUCUCCGUCUAAUAAAUCGAGUGAUACCAAACAACGUCAGAUUGUUGAUGAAAGGCCUAAGCAAUUUCAACCGAGAAAGAGAAAAGCAAAUAGCGAUGAUUCUGAUCUUGAUUAUAAAAAGCGUGAGUCAAAAUCCGUUCAAUCUUAUAAAAAAAAUAAGUCAAAUGAUACCCCCAAUCGUCAUUCUGGGUCUGAUUCUUCGAAUGAUGAAGGUAAACGAAAAAAAGAUUAUGACAAAAAACCAUCGAGAUCGAAACGAAAAAGCAAAACACCAGAAUCGAAAUAUAAACGUUCAAUUCCACUUUCUUAUCAACGAAGUAGGAAUAGGAGCAGGUCGUAGGUUAAGCAGUAAUGAGUAAGUAGUAGGUACUAUUGAUUAGUACUAAUAACUGUUGAAUUUUUUGAGUAUUUUGUUAGUACUUACUCGUUUUUCAUGUUAUUGUGAAAUCAAGAAAAGACGUCUUUUCGUAUUUAUUAAUUUAUUGUGUACAGCAAAUGUUCAUUUGAAUCAUGAAUAGUAAUUUGUAAUAAUUUUUUUUAUCAAGAAUAAAACGAAUGAAUUCAUAAAAA